AUGGUGGACGACUUCAGUCUCCUCCCUGCCCUUCUCUUCAUCACGUUCUUCUUCUUCUACUACUUUAAUCAGCAUUGCUCAUGCGAGAAGAAAUCUAGUAGACGGCCUCCGACGAAGAUAAGCUUCUUCGAAAUGGUGAAGAACAAAGAGCGGAUCCUGGAGUGGACAACGGAGCUGGUGCUGGCGAGCCCAACCAACACCAUCACCAUGCCUUACACUGUCGUCACCAGCAACCCCGAGAACAUCGAGCACAUCCUCAAGACCAACUUCCACAACUACCCCAAAGGCGACGACUUUACCGCCAUCUUCUCGGAAUUGCUCGGGCAUGGGAUCCUUAACUCCGAUAGCGACCGCUGGAGGCUCCAGCGGAAGGCUGCGAGCCACGAGUUCAGUACCAAGAACCUCCGCAGCGUCAUCUUGGACAAGGUCCGCAACGAGUUCACCGACCGCCUCGUCCCCCUGCUCUCCAAGGCCGCUGCCACAGGCGCUUCCCUCGAUCUCCAUGAACUCCUCGAUCGUCUCACCUUCGACGUCGUCUGCCAGAUUGUCUCCGGCGUGGAUCCCGCCUCGCUUGGCUACGACAAGGACGACGUCGGUAGGUUCAUCCACGCCUACGAGGCGGUCAUGGGUGUCGUCAACCAAAGGUUUGACCAGCCUUGCUUUCUGUGGAAGCUUCAACGGCUGCUCGGUAUUGGAUCCGAGCGGCGGUUGAAGGAGAAUAUCGGCGACGUGCAUGAGUUCGCCAUGAGAAUUGUGAAGCAGAGGAAGGGAAGGAAGCCUGAGGAGAUAAGAAGCAGCAAUGACUUCCUCUCGCAUUUUGUACUUAACGGGAACUCCUGCGACGAGUUUCUUCGCGACAUCAUCAUCAACUUCGUGUUUGCCGGUCGGGAGAGCACGCCAACCGCCAUGGCAUGGUUUUUCUGGUUAGUCUCGACCCAGCCGGAGGUCGAAGAAAGGAUUUUGGAUGAGAUCGAUUCAGUCAGGAGGAGGCAUGGAAAUCCGGAUGGAAACCUGACACUGGACGAGCUGAGAGAGAUGGAUUACCUCCAUGCGGUGCUGUCGGAGACGCUGAGGCUCUAUCCUCCGGUGGCGCUCUGUCUCCGGCAGUGCGCGGAGGAUGACUCGCUGCCGGACGGGACGGUGGUGAAAAAGGGGUGGAGGGUAAUCUACAACAGCUACGCAAUGGGCAUGAUGGAGAGCAUCUGGGGAGAGGAUUGCAAGGAGUUUAAACCAGAGAGGUGGCUGGAGAAUGGAGUUUUUGGGCCAAAGAGUCCCUAUCAGUUUCCGGCUUUCCAUGCAGGGCCGAGGACGUGUUUGGGGAAGGAGAUGGCAUACAUCCUAAUGAAGGUGGUGGCCACAAGCAUAAUCGAAAGGUUUAGUUUCGAGGUGUCGGCAAAGGAGGAAAUUAAAUUUUUUUCUACGUUGAAAAUGAAGGGUGGUUUACCAGUGUCGGUGAGGAUGAAGGAGGGAAAAAGAACGUCCAAGAAUGGCGCUGACUUUGUGAUGGCUUGA